AUGUCACAUAAUGCAAUAUUAAAAUGGAUUGGUUAUUUGGUGAAUGUACCCGAAGAUAGUACUUUAAAAGAUUUAAGUGAUGGUAGAAUUUUAACAAAUUUACUUAAUAAAUUGAAUCCUGAAGUAUACCCAUAAAAAGUUUAUUCUUCUCCUUAAAAAAAUUUCUAAAUGGACAUGUUGUGUGUUACAAAUUUAGUUCAAAAUUUGAAAUAAUCUGUUUCAAAUUUACCUGAAAUAAACAGUUUAUUAAUUGCUAAACAUUAAGAUAUGACAGAAAUAAUAAAAUUAAUUUCAAUAAUUAUAAAAGUAUCUAUGGAUAAGAUAUGAUAGAUUAUGAUUGAAUCACAAUUAGCAUAGGAGGCAAUACUAAAAUUAAAUGAAGAAUAAGUGCAAGAUAUUUUAUAAUUUAUUAAUUAAUAUUAAGAAGAAGACGUUGGAAAUCAUCAAUCAUCAGAUAGAAAGUUGCUUGAUAAAAUAGAUGAAUUAGAGGAUGAAAAUUAGUAAUUAAAGAAAUUGUUAGAACAACAGGAUAAAUAAUAAGUUUAACAUCAUAAUAAAAUAAAAUAAUAGGAAUAAUUAUUAUUGUAAAAAGAGAAUGAAAUAAGUGAGAUUAAAUUAUGUAUUAUGAAUUCAAUAUAUUUAGAAUUGCAAAAAAAUAUUCAUAUUGAAGAGAAUAUAUCAGAAAGUUUAAUUGAGAAAUUAAAAUCAUAAUUAACAACAAUGAAUAAAGAAAAAAAAGAAUUGAUGGAGUAAAAUGAAAUGUAUAUAUGUAAUAAUAAUAAUUUAGGUUAUAAAAUAGGUUAUAAAAUUAUUAAAAUAUGGAAAAUAUUAAUUCACAAUUAUAAUAAUAAUUGGCUUAGAGAUGUAAAUAGGAUAAAGUAAUAGAAGAAUUAAAAACAAAUAGUGAGAUAUUAAAAUAGUAAAUGGAUUAGAAAGAUUACAAGAUAAGCAAAUUAUAAGAUUAAAUAAAAUAGACAGCAUAGAAUUAAUAAAAAGAGUGUAGUAAGAUAGUAGAAUUGGAAAUGUAGAAUGAAUAAUUGAAAUAAGAGAUAGAAGAUAAUUAGAGAAGUAAAAAUAAGGAAAUUCAUUAAUUAAAUUAAUAAAUAAAUGAAUUAAAAAUAUAAGUAGAUAUAAUGUAGACAGAAAGAUAAGAAACUUAAAGAUCAUCAGUUAAUUAUUAAUAAAGUCCAAGAUGUUUAGAUUCUGAAUUUAAAUGUUUAUUAAAUGAUAAUAUUGGUGGAUAUUAUUCAGAAUAGACAAUAUAGGAAUUUUAAUAAUAGAUAUAAUAGAAAGAAUAAUAGUUAUAAUAGAAGGAAAUUCUGUAUGAUUAGAAAAUAAAAACAUUGGAGGCAAAAAUAAAUAAGGAGAAGGAAACGAAUAUACAACAUAUCUAAAUAGUAAUAAGUUAUAAAAUAAUAAGACAUCUUAAUUGUAAGAGGAAAAUUAGAAAUUGAAAUAAGAACUUGAGAAAUUAAUAGAUAGUAAUUACUAAGUAAAUAGGAUUCAUGCAGAAAAGCAAUAAAAUAUGUUAUUGAUAUCAGUAAUAGAAUGUUUAAAUGAGAAAGUUAAUUAAUUGCAUAGUUAAUAAAAGGAGUAAAUAAAAAGUGAUAAGAAAAUCUAACCAUAGAUAUUAACAAGGAAUUAAAUAUAAUUAUGGAGUGCUAAAUAAUGA